AUGAAUCUCCGCCUGUUGACUCUUGCUCUUGCUGCUGUGGCGGCUGCAACCCCAGUAGACAUCCAGGAACGCCAGCUCAUUGGCGGCGGCGGAAACGAGCUGCGCGAUGGCUCUUGCAAGCCCAUUACCUUCAUCUUCGCCCGUGCUUCCACGGAGCCCGGACUUCUGGGCAUAUCAACCGGCCCCGCAGUCUGCAACGGCCUAAAGAAAGCCAAACCAGGCCAAGUAGCGUGUCAGGGCGUCGGCCCCAAGUACACAGCCGAUCUGCCCUCCAACGCACUGCCCGAGAACACAUCUCCAGCGGCCAUCCAAGAAGCCCAAGACCUGUUCCAGCAGGCCGUCACCAAAUGCCCGGACACGCAAAUCGUUGCCGGUGGAUAUAGCCAAGGCACAGCCGUCAUGGACGACUCCAUCAAGCGUCUCCCAGACAACGUCAAGGAGAAGAUCAAGGGUGUCGUGCUCUUCGGCUACACGCGCAACGCCCAGGAACACGGCCAGAUCGCGAACUUCCCCAAGGAUAAGGUCAAGGUCUACUGUGCUAUGGGCGAUAUGGUCUGCGAUGGCACUUUGAUCGUCGGCCCGGCCCAUUUCACUUAUUUUGCCAAUACAGAUGAAGCCACGCAGUUCUUGUUGGGGAAGUUGAGUGCUGCUUCUUCUUCUUCUUCUUCUUCUUCGGAUACGUCGGCUGCGUCGACUUCGCCGGCUGCGGGCUCUUCUUCUGAGUCUGGGUCUGGGUCGUCGCCUUUGGGGAGCUUUGGGAACUUCUUUGGGGGACUGUAG